AUGGGUCAUUUGUAUCUUUCGUUUGCACUGUCAGUUUCUGGAGAUUUGACAGCUUUAGCCAAUCAAUUGGAAGAAUUGCUUCCAUGGACUAUUCAUAGAAGUGAAAGGUACUAUGCUCUAGCCCUUUGUUAUUAUGGAGCAGGUAAGGAUCUAGUAGCACUGGAUCUUUAUUGUGAAUAUGAAAUUGGGUUUGGUGAUAAUGUUCAUGUUGGGCCUCUGGUACAUGUUCGACAGAAUCAACGUUGGGCUAAUUGUGGGCUUUGUGUGGAGCCGAGAACACCAGUUGUUGUGCCUGCAAAUGCUCAAUGCCAAGUGCUCCACCAUUUGUCCGUUAGGAUUAGGGUUUCAGAGACACACACAAACCGCAACUCCUUCGUCCACCUCUUAAACCUCAUGCAAUUGGACCUUCGCACCAACGCCAUCGCUAACGACCAAUUGGACGGCACGCCCUUGCGAUGUCGCUAG